AUGAAAAUGAAAUGCAAAGAUCGUACUAGAAGCGAAGGAAUGUUCAACACUCUCCAGAGACGCGGGCCUAGUAUCUUCAGGAAACCAAGCCAAAACCUCCCGCUCUGAUUAUUGAAGUCCUAAACUUGUUUUCUCUACGCAAACAGAGCCAGAGAAACAAAGAAAUUGCACCCAAUCAUUCUGUGCUAACAACCAUGGCUGAGAACAACAAGGCUAGGAGCAAGAAAGAUGGCCAAGAAAAAGAGCCCAGGAGCUUGUUUCUGGUGUUUCGAAGAUUUGAGUUCAAGUUUCCUCCAAUAUUUAACCUAUCACCCAAAGCUGAUGUUGAUGCUAUUAAGUUGGAAGAGAAAGAAAAGAUUACAGGUAAUAAGCCAGCUGAUGUUGUAAAGUUCAGUGAUCCUAAACCAUUAGCCCCUCCUCCAUUGAAGGUUGAAGUUGAAGAGCCUGGAAUUAAGCAUCCCUUAAUCCUUUUACCAGUGUAUGCACUUGGAGGGUUCAUUGUUUUGAAGUGGAUAUGGGCAAGGUGGCAGGAAAGAAACGAGAAAGCCAAGAAGGCAUCAUCUGAUGACGAUCAGUCAAAUGACGGGUAUCAAUCUCCAGCAGACGAAGAAUGAUUCCAAAGAAUGAUUCCGAAGAAGCGUGGAAAUAGAACGUGCAAUUUUUCCUUUCUUUUCUCAAAUCCUGCCCCUUCUCCUACCUUUAAUGUGCAGUUGAACAUCGACCGGCUGUGUAAUUUGCUUAUCUGAUUUCCAUACACUUAAUGACUGGAUGCUAGGUGUCCUGUCACUUUACUUAUUGUGCUUUCUUCACAUACCCUAACAAGGGAAACACUAUCCUAUCUCCUCCAACUGGUAUUUCAAGUUUGUGUUGAGAGGGCGUUGGGGGAACUGUUUAUAUUGGUUUCUUGGUGAGAAGUAAAGCACUCACCAAGCCACUAUAAUAUAUAACCUUUCAUUC